UAAUUUGUUGUCGUCAUAUGGUCGUCGUCGUCAUUGCAUUGUUGAAAUUAUUAUGGCAGAGGAUACCUCUGAUAUUUAAUUUUAGAAACUAAAAUGUAAAUACCCGAGAGGUAAACUCAAAUAAGAAAAGAAAAAAAUCACUUGAGCAAUGUCUGUCCGGGCAGUUGCUGUAAAAAUAUUUAAACAUGGAUCAGUUCUUGUCCGUCAACAACACAGAGGAGUCCCGUAUGCGAGAAACAUUAGUCAGUGUGUAAGAACUAUUGAACAGAUUUCCCCCCACGUCCAAAAAAGCACUCCAAUCACAAACACAAACAAUCGAAAUGUUUUACGGAACAUUUGCCUACAAAUUAGUCAACAGGCACGACGCAUCUUGAUAGACAAUGCCCUUAAUAGGUUUUCGUUUAAAUUCGGAACUGAACUGAUCCAAAAAGCUAAAGAAAGAGGUCUGUAUGGGAAUCCUGUGCCUUUAUUAGGUUUAGUCGGAAUAACUCUAGCGUCUGGCGGUCAAAGUAUUCUGUCCAAAGAUGAAGAACUUGAAGGUGUCUGGUGGGAAAUAAGGGAAUGUGUAACGAAAAUUCAGCAAACAAGAGAUCUAAUUUCGGAAAGCGAUCUGGCAAAUAAUUCUGUGAAAAAUAUCGACGCUCUGUCUAUUGGAAAGCCCAUUGCUAAAGGGGCUAAUGCUGUUGUGUACUCGGUAAAAAGACUUGCACCCAACGUACGAAGAUCGGCAGAUGAAAAUAGUAUUAAAGAUUAUCCCCUGGCUUUAAAAAUGAUGUUUAACUACGAUGUUCAAUCGAAUUCUAUAGCUAUUUUGAAAGCGAUGUGUAGAGAAAUUGUUCCUGCGGGAUCUGUGCUCAAUUCUGAUGCCCAAAGAAAUUAUGAAUAUGAUUUUCUAAAAAUGAACAGAUAUCUACCGCCCCACCCAAACAUUGUGCAAAUAUUUUCAGUAUUUUCCGACUUUGUGCCGGAAUUAGAGGACUGCAGAGACCUGUACCCGGCUGCUCUGCCUAAAAGAAUCGAUCCAUCCGGGGAAGGCCGGAACAUGUCCUUGUUUCUUCUGAUGAAAAGGUACCAUCAAAACCUUCAAGACUAUCUAAAAUCAUCGAAUAUCUCUACGCGAACGUCAAUAUUUUUAUUUGCCCAACUCUUAGAGGGCGUGGUGCACAUGGUGUCUCACAACAUCGCUCAUAGAGAUCUAAAAUCCGACAAUGUUCUCUUAGAUCUGUCCAGUAAAAGCAGCCCUUUGCUGGUGGUUACCGAUUUUGGAUGCUGUCUAGCUGACUCCAAUGCGUCCCUAACCAUCCCCUUCAACAGUUACGACGUGGACAAAGGAGGAAACACAGCCCUGAUGGCCCCGGAAAUCAUAAAAAAAAGGCCGGGAACCUUUACCAGGCUGGAUUACAGUAGAUCCGAUCUGUGGGCGGCUGGGGCCAUAGGCUACGAGUUAUUCGGGGUUGUUAAUCCUUUUUAUGGAAACAAGAAUGUGACAAGAUUGUCCAGCAUGAGUUACAAGGAAGAGGAGUUGCCAGAUUUACCGGAAAACGUGCCUUUUCUGUUUCAGAGAUUGAUUAAAAACCUGUUGUCGCGUGAUCCAAAUGAGCGUUUGAAUCCAGAAGUUGCGGCAAAUAUAUGUCAAUUAUAUUUGUGGGCUCCCAAUUCCUGGUUGGUUCAAGGUCAAGGCGUUCCUACGCACGCAGAGAUUCUGGAUUGGUUAUUAAAUUUGGCUGUAAAGCUCUUAUGCGAAUUCAGGAGCAAAGAUUUUGAAGAAGACAUAUCUAAUAGCGGCUAUAUAUCCUAUCCAGAAUACUUACUAAUAUCCAGCUUCCUCUGUAGAGCUAAGUUGUUUAACAUUAAAUCCGCUUUAGAAUGGAUCCAGUUUAACAACUUUUAAACAUUGCACUUUUCUUAUAAGUUAAAUAUUAUUAUUAUUGUUAUUAAAUGAUUUAUUUUAAUGUUAUAAAUAAAAAUCAAAGUCUAUAUAUUAUAUGUCUAUUUA